CCUGUGAAGUACUCUUUCCAUGGAGUUCAGAGCUCAUGGUAACACUCUGAGCCCGUCAGUUGACCAGUGAGUCGGCUCGGCGGAGGUGCCUGAGCAGUGACGGCUGUGUGAGUCGUAGUGCACGCACAGAGGGCGACUGAGAUCAGAGAGAAACACCGCAGCAGUAUGAGGUCAACGCUCGGGGUACUACUCGUUCUGGUGGGUCACGUGGCCGGUCACGGUCGUCUGAUGGACCCUCCGGCCCGGAACGCCAUGUGGAGGUUCAACUUCAGCAAUCCGGUCAACUACAAUGACAACGAGCUCUUCUGCGGAGGAUUUGUCGUGCAUCACCAGCAGAACGGCGGCAAAUGUGGCCCGUGUGGCGACAAUUACGUAAUAAAGGUGCCGCGUCCUCACGAGGCCGGCGGGGAGUUCGCGCAGGGCAUCAUCGGCAAACGGUACACCUCAGGACAGUUGGUGGAGGUCGAGGUGGAGCUCACCGCCAACCACCGAGGAAAGUUUGUAAUUCGCCUGUGUCCCCACAACAACGACAAGACCAUAGUCACACAGGAGUGCUUCAAUCGAUACCCGUUGAUGGUGGCCGGCACCCACUCGCACGAGUACAGUCUCCAGGACGGCUCUGGCAAGGCGGGCAUCUUCCGCUGGAAGGUGGAGCUGCCGCCCUACCUGACGUGCACCCAGUGCGUCAUGCAGUGGACCUACUACGCCGGAAACACGUGGGGCACGUGCUCGGACGGCGAGCAGGCGGUCGGCUGCGGGCCGCAGGAGACGUUCAUCAACUGCGCCGACAUCGCCAUCGUCUCCAACACGCCCUACUUCGGACCCGUCCACAACAGUCUGUCGGACCUCUCCUACACGGGGGACGAAGUGCGUCAUCUGAUCUCCAUGGAAACCGAGAAGCCACCGGCGCCGGCACCGUUCCGUGCCCAGGUGUGCGUCCCCCAGCCCGUGUUCCGGAACGUUCCCGGCGCAGAUGAAAUCUGCCUAGGGUGUAUGAGGAGGCCAAACAGCUGUCCAGCGCAUCUCUGUGUCUGCAUCUCCAAGUGCGAGGCGGUUGGGAAGUUGGCCGAGAAGCCAGAAGCCCAUCUGUUCUGUCACCAGAACUGUCUCGGCUACCCGAGCCACUGCCCGCAGGACAAGUGUCGCUGCUUCUGACGGGACGGCGAGGGCGACACAGCAACACGCAGGGGAGAAGGUGUCGCUGAGAAGUGCUGACGGUGCACGGUAUGACGGAAGAUACCAAGAAACGGGCAUCUAACUUACUAUUCAAACAGAAUCCGUCUGUCUGUCUGUGAGUUUGUGUGUCCGCACAUCGUGUAGUGGGUUCAAUUUGUUACGCCUACACGGCAGACGGUACGGCGUAGGGGGUUGAAAUUUACACACCUUCAAGGUGACAGAGCGGGUCAGCGCCUUUUCUAGGUUUCGACUCGCUGGGGUGCACGGUUCGCGCGUGGCGCGCGCUCGAAGAAAGCCAAUGAAAUUGUGAUCGGUUCGUAGAUCUUCAUUGAGAGCCGGGGUCGACAAACUUUGUGAACUAAAUGCAUGCCGAUCGGCGACGGGUGCCUCGCAUUGGCGGAUGGGCAGGCUUUUAAUUUGAAUGAAAAGUGGCGAGAGAA